UUGACGCAAGUUCGCACAUUCUUGCAAAGCGACGCGCACCGACCUGCAGGGCGCACCGACCAAGACGCACUGCUGCCGGCCGGCUUCCUUCAUUGUGCUCCUUUUUUUGUUCUUAUUAUAAAUAUAUAUAUAUAUAUAUAUACACACAGCACCGAAAAAAACAGCUUUUAAACAAGUUAUUCCCCUGAAAUGAAUCUUAUGUGGACGCUGCUUCUGCCGCUGUUGUGUUCUGCUGCAUUUACACUCGGACAAACCAGCUUCGCAGGUGGAGCUGGAGGAUCGGAUGAGUUUGCAAGCGAGGAGGCCCCGCUGGACGUCACCGUUAAAUAUAACAUGAGGAAGGGUCUAGAUCUGGAUCAGGAGGGCUGCUACCUGCAGGCUGGCAAUAAGGAGUGUCUGCAGGACUGCGGCUUCAACGCCGCAGCCAAAACCAUCUUCAUCAUCCAUGGCUGGACGAUGAGCGGCAUCUUUGAAAGCUGGAUGCAGAAGCUGGUGUCUGCUGUCAUGCAGCGAGAAAGUGAGGCCAACGUGGUCGUGGUGGAUUGGAUAUCCAUGGCGCAGCAGUUGUACCCCGAUGCCGUCAACCACACGCACGCCGUAGGCCAAGACAUCGCCGCCAUGAUUGACUGGCUUCACGAUGAGCUUGGUCUGCCUCUGGAGAAGGUGCACCUGAUCGGCUACAGCCUAGGUGCGCACGUAGCAGGCUACGCUGGAACGCAUGUUCGAGGGUCACUGGGGAGAAUCACCGGAUUGGACCCGGCGGGACCAAUGUUCGAGGGAGUGGAGGAGGAGAGGCGCCUUUCCCCUGACGACGCCGAUUUUGUGGACGUUCUUCACACCUACACUCGGGAAGCUCUCGGGGUUAGCAUCGGCAUCCAGCAGCCCAUCGGCGACAUCGACAUCUACCCCAACGGUGGCGAAGUCCAACCCGGGUGUGCGCUGGGCGACGUGCUGGCGGUUGCAGGAAACUUCAUGGAGGUGGUGAAAUGCGAGCACGAGCGGGCCGUGCACCUGUAUGUGGACUCCCUGAUGAACAAGGAACACGUCAGCUUCGCCUUCCAGUGCACCGACUCGGACCGCUUCAAGAAGGGCAUCUGCCUGAGCUGCCGCAAGAACCGCUGCAACAACAUCGGCUACAACGCUCGCAGGAUGCGAAAGUGGCGCAACAGCAAGAUGUACCUGAAGACGCGCGCCGACACGCCCUUUGGAGGCUACCACUACCAGAUGAAGAUGCACGUCUUCAACAGGAAGCAGUCGGAUAACGCCGACCCCACCUUCCACGUCCAGUUGUUCGGAGCUCACCAGGACACUGAGAACAUUUUUGUGGCUGUCCACGACGACGCCGUGGGUCUGAACCUGACCAACACCUUCCUGGUGUUCACUGAGAAGGACAUCGGCGAUCUGCUGAAGAUCGACCUGAGCUGGGAAGGCGACGCCGAAUCCUGGAACUCGGUCUGGAAAAACAUCAAGAAGACUUUUUUGGCCUGGAAUACGGCGCCUCCUAAGCCGGUCCUGGAGAUCAGACGGAUUCGCGUGAAAGCUGGAGAGACUCAGAAAAAGUUCACGUUCUGUGCCCAGGACCAGUCCAAGACUGAAAUCUCUCCUGGCGAAACGAUAUCUUUUGUCAAGUGCCGCGACGGCUGGGAAGUGAAACCAAGGAAACGAGUGCCCAUGUAACAUCCUGCCCUGCAACAUCACCACGGGGACCCAACAUGUCUCAAAGCGACCAGCACUGCCUUCGCUUUAUCAGCACUUUUCAUUGGAGGAUAGAUGGAUCGGCGCACAGUGGGAGGGGCUUGAGGUCUGGGGUAUUUAAAACUACACCUGCAUGGUUGGUUUCUGCAAACUCUUGGGGGAGGAAUGUGGGGGGGGGGGCAUUUGUCCAGUGUUGAAGGUCAUGGUGAUCUUGAAAAGAUUGCUCUGGGACGAGUUAGAGAAUGUUUGUAAAGUGAGGUCGCGGAUGUACGCCAGCUAUUGUAGUCUCUAUACUGUACAUUUUUAAAUGUUUUAAUUUAUGAAACCAUGUGAAGCACUGCAAGACCAAUGUUAUUUAUCAGUGUGCCUUUCUGCUGAGUGAGAUUAUUGAUACACUGAAUACUUGGAAGAGAGGUCUUACUGUACAUAAUGUAAAUAACCUUUUGCAACCAUUAAUAAAUGCACCUGUUAUUUGUA